AUGGAAUGCCCAUUGUAUGAGGACGAGCGGAAUACCAUGUGGAAUCGACUCAAAAGCAUCCGACGGGACACCAAGUAUCGCGUGUUAAUCGAUAACAAGCGCGCCGCUGUGGCGAUUACGCAGUUCAUCAUUGACACCCAGGUGUUGCAGCAGUUCCGUGAUACGGACCCCUUGGCACUAGGAACGUACGAGAAUAACAACGCAGACACCAGCGAGAGCGAACAGGAGACUGGCGUGUCUACACGAAGCAUUGAACACGCAGGCGAAGUGAGCCCCAGGUCAGCCAUGACGCCAGUAAGGACCACCCCCGAUAUCACACAUACGAGCUUUGGAUCGAGAACGUCGGGUGAGCCCACUGGCGAGAGCGCGCUGCGGGGAGUCGACGAGAAUGAAUGUGCGAACGGGUGA